AUGGCGGACCCCAAUGCCCCGUGGCGAGGCCGCCCAGGCCCCAAGAAUCCCUCCCCAUCCAACGCCAACAGCCCCCUCUCGCCCGCUAGUGCUGGAAAUACCCCCGUUUCUUUUCGACCCAAUGUGAAUCGCGCAAAGACUAAGCGCUGGGUGGAAGCGAAGCAGUACUCAUACGACGGUGGAGACUGGGGAUCCGAAGAAGAGGAAGAAGAAGAGGAAGAGCAACCCCCUGCUGCACCUCGACCCCCAUAUGCAACACAAAGAACAACCAGCUCGUCAGAAUUGAGCUCCAGGCGUCCAUCGGGACUUGGAUAUGGUGUCGAAGAGUCGCGAGCCAGUCCAGCUGCGGCAACACCAACUGGAGGUGAACAAAAGAAUCUGCCAUUUGUCAGGCCCGCCGAUAUACCCAGACGCGCAACGGAUGAACCACCAGCUCAGCAAGGCCCGGCGGGAUUCGGGCUCCGCUCGGAACCUACGCAGAGUGUUGAGCCAGCACCACUUGGAACCCAGCCUUCGAGUAUAACUCAAAAUGCGCCCGUCGGGCUGCCUGAGGUCAAGCGCUUCUCUGGGUUCGGAUCUGAUUUCUUAACUGGAACUGACUCUAACCAGCAAAAUCCGAGUGCCGAACAGAACUCUCUACGCCAUAAUCCCUCGCAGGCCUCGGAGACUUCACAGGGAUUCCGUUCGGUAGUCCACCAAGCUUUUGAUGUUCCUGAAACACCAAACUCCACCGCCGAUAGCGUGACUCGUUCUAACAGUGAUGGCACCUCUGUGAUUAGCCCGAUCAUGAGCCACCGUGUGCCCACCGAUGACAAGACCCCCACGAUUCCCGAAGAGCCUACCGAUGCCAGUACCCCAACAGGCGCUCCACAGGAUGCGGCCGAGCCACCAUUCUUCAAGCCUGGUCACCGGCGUGACCUUAGUCUCCCAGAGCGAGAUAAUAGUCCCUCCAAGCGCCCCGUCGUUACCGACCAUGAUACUCCUCUGGCUGGUCGAGCGGAGCUUACCUCGGUAUCUCCAGGUCAAGAGAACAGGUCACCUGAGCGACCUGUAGACACCACCGCCCCGCCAACAAUCCCUACGUCAAAUACCCUCGAUGGCGAUUUCGUUGCGCCUCUCAAAUUUGGCAGUGCUGGCACGUCGGGAUCGGAAGGAUAUCGGGGAAGUAUUCCCGCUAUCGUUGGCGCUAAUACCUCUCCUAACGAGGCUGAUAACGACCGACUUCGAGAGGAGAUUAUGCGCUCUUUGAGCAGAGAAAACUCCCAGGAACCGGAAGAACAGCCUAGGCCGUCUCAGCCAGAAGCAGCCCAAGAGGAUUCCAUCCCGCACCAGUAUGAAAAGUAUUGGGAUGGACAGACAGGUCCAGGCGAUGGAUCCCAAAAAGAACUCGUCUCCGAGUCUCAUCCGGACUGGGUCGGCUCCCAUCCUCUUGCUCCUCAUGAUCCUUAUGCAGCCCCUUCGCAGGAGCCGCAGCCUGUCUCAGCUGAGCCACCCAAGAAGCCGAAGUUGGGCCGACGAUUCUCGUGGGAAUCAGCCUCGUCAGGUGGACCUCCUCCCGUUAACUACGAUUCGCCUGAUGGUUUAGCACCACAAGCACCGGAACCCAUUCCUGACCUCGAAGAGCUUCAUCUGUCAUCCCAAGGGAUGACCGAUGGGGAGGUUUCUGGCGCUGAAAGUCAGAAGGCAGAGAGACCUAGACUCUCCAUUGUUCCACCAAUAUCUCAGAAUGCCACUCCACCCGAGGAAGUUAUUCCUUCCCUGGAGAAAUCUCAUUUAGAUCUGUCACUGCCUGACUAUACUGGUUCCUCGAAGAUUGAUGAGUCUAAGCUCCAAGGCUUCCGCGAUAUUCUUCAAAUUUCCACUCCCGCUGCGCGUGUGCGAGCCUUUGAGGAGACAAGAACUCAAUUUGCGACUCUUGACACUGGUUUGAACCACUGGCUUCAAGUUACGCUUCAAGAUCAGUCACAGCAUGCCCACCUUAUCCAGGAAAGCCAGACUCUAUCCUCCGCGUUCCCCAAGGCAUCUCCCACUACUCGUCGAUUUCCCAAACUGACGUCUCUUGGUAAUCUAUCUGCGACGACUCGGGAGGACAGCACUCCUAUCAAUACCAGUCACGUAAGACGCCCAUCUGGCCAUAUUGGAACCAUCGUGAAUAGGCAAAACGUCGAGCAGCAUGGAAAGGAGUUCCUGCACACGGCAGGCAAGUUCGGUGGAAAAGCUGGCGAGGCGGCCAAGGGCCUGUUCGCCAAGGGAAGAAGCAAGUUCCGACAAGGUGGAAAUGACAAGGUAGAUACAUAA